UCCAAGCUGCCAAAUGACUUGCUUGAUUUACAGCCAGCUUUUCAUCCAGAUCCUUUCACAUCCACUCCUGAGGCUGUUGACGAUGCCAUUCCAAACUUAAAUCCUUUGGUCACAAAAUCUAGCAAUCACCUCUCCUCUGAUGCACUCCCUUCUUUCACUUCUAGGACACCAACUCACGAGAUGUUUGUUGAUUCUUUUUGUGGCCCACAAGCUUAUCCUAAUGCUUCCCAUUUCUGCAGUGAACCCUCAACUGUAGCUGGUCUAUUUGAAGGGUUUACACCAUCUUCUGUUGCCCCAUCACAACCAUCAGCAGGCCUUAAUGUUGACUUUGAGUCUGUGUUUGGAAACAAAAGUACAAAUGCAUUAGUGGAUUCUGGUGGCUUUGAUGAAUUAGGUGGACUCCUAAAACCAACCGUGGCUUCUCAGAACCAGAAUCUUCCAACUUCCAAAGCACCACCCAAUAAGUUAGUAUUAGAUGACUUGGAUUCAUCUCUAGCCAACCUUGUAGGAAAUUUGGGCAUUGGAAAUGGGACACCGAAAAAUGAUGUAAACUGGACCCAGCCAGGAGAAAAGAAACUAACAGGCGGUUCCAACUGGCAGCCCAAAAUUGCACCGACCACUGCUUGGAAUGCUCCAACCAUGAAUGGCAUGCAUUUUCCACAAUACGCACCGCCUGUCAUGGCCUAUCCUGCUACAACGCCAACAGGAAUAAUGGGAUACGGAAUGCCAUCCCCAAUGGGAGGAGUGCCAGUAAUGACGCAGCCAACUUUAAUAUACAGCCAACCUGUCAUGAGACCUCCAAAUCCUUUUGGUCCUAUAUCAGGAGCGCAGAUCCAGUUUAUGUAGUCAUGCCAGAUGGAUUGGAGUGAGAAAGUCCCAGAAAAGACACGUGCUCAGUGACCAACCCCCUUUUUCGCAGCUCAGUCAAAACGAAAGUCUUUCCAGCUCUCCAGUAGAACAUGACUCAAAUCAUGCAAAGCCCACAACGGUUGUGGGUCUCUCGGCCAACCUCAGCACCUUGCAGCGUGGUAUAAAGCCAAGAAUUGCCACAAAUUUGGUGUGGGAUCUUUUUUCUACUUCCCCCCCCCCGCUCCCAUGGUAAAUUAACAUGUUAGUAACUCCCACCCCCUAUUUUAUAACUUUGAUGGGUAACCUAUAAAAAAAGUUGCCUAUCCUGCUAAAUAGCGUUCUCGAAAUUGCUCUUUGGAACGAAGAGCUGGACAUAUUUUAUUUCCUUAACUUCAGCGACUUCUCUUUAGAGGAUCGAAUCCUAACUCUGUAAUUCUGCAGCUUCCUCUCUCCAUUCAUCACAAAUGUUAGGCUCCAUGCCAAAAAGUUUAACUUAAAAAGGAGAAAAAAAAAACAACCCAACCCCACCGAAUUAUAUAUUCCGUUUGCAUAGACAUUCCUUUAUGUAUUAUUGUUUGUAUUUAUUUAUGAUUAUCCGUUUAAAUAACAAAUGUAUCACAAAGCCUCCUCUGUGGAGAAAUGAAUGCCGAUGUAUACUGUGGGUCUCCCAUUAGAGUUUGUUUCCUUUAAUUUUUUUUUUAUCCACCAGAACAAUUUCCAGACAAUUCUCAAUCCACACUGCGCCAUGCAGAAUAUUGGGCACGUUCCAAGGUCUGAAAAAAAUGCCCCUUGUUGAAUGCCCCCCAGCAAUUAGAGUGAUCGACAGACGGAGUUGCAAGUUCUGCUAAAGAUUUGGGGAAGGGGGCGGAAACAGCUGACUGGUGGGAGCAUGGUUGUUUUUCCGACCACUGUCCUCCUCGGUGCUUUGAGAAAGCUUUUCCUUGCUUUUUGCUUGGCAUGCCAUUUAUCUUACACUUGACAUAACAGCCUUUUCCAAAUGAAUGUGAGGAAUUGCUUUCACUUUCAAAGACUUUCCUUCUCUGUAUAAAAGAAAAAACAAAACAAGCAAGCAACUGCGGACAGUUCUGGUGUAUUACGGGGGGGGGGAGAGACUUCUUUUCUGCGUUUGAAUCAUGUACCAAGAAAUGAAAUAAAACUCUCCGAAGGAAAGUCGUGUCAUUGCUACGGACAACCCACCAUGAAGUUCUCCAGGGGAAGCUCCACCACAUCUCGUUCGGGAUGACUUCCUGGCGCCCUGGAUUCUCAGCACAUAGGAAUCCCUUUUUGUUCUUUGGUGAGUUUGAAAAUGGCACUGUGGAUCGGUGCUAUAUGUAAAUACAUCCUGUCAGUUUAGGUGGCAUUUGGGGCCUUAAGGAGGAUAGUCUGGGGCAUGAAAGCAAUUCUGUACAUGAAUUAAGCAUAUUUGCUGCAUUGUCUCUGCAGAUUCUAUUUUUGUUUAAAACAUUAAGAUGUAUGUUAGCAAAAAAAAGGUGGAUUUUCAAAUAAAAUGCAGCUUCCACAAA